AUGAGUUCAGCUCGGUCCCGCAGGGCGGCCGCGGCUCUGGCGGCGUGGGGACGUUUGGCGUUGGGUGGGCGGCAUCCGAGCGCCCACAUGAGCCACUGGCAUAAAGCGGGCAGCGACUGGGCCCAGGCACGCGUCUUCCCGGGACAUUGCGCACCCAAAAAGAAGGGCAAAAACCACAUCCCCGAAAGAUGGAAAGACUGCCUCCCAGUUGGACAGCGGAUGCCUGGGACGCGUUUCAUUGCUUUUAAAGUUCCUUUGAAAAACAAACUUAUUGGGGUUCACUGUACCCAUGGCUUAAACAGGACUGGCUAUCUCAUCUGUAGAUACUUGAUUGAUGUAGAAGGCAUGCGGCCAGAUGAUGCAAUUGAAUUAUUUAACAGGUGCCGGGGAAAUUGCAUAGAAAGGAAAAACUACAUUGAAGACCUUCAGAAUGGACCUGCCAGGAAGAACUGGGGUUCCAGUAGGUCCAGGUCCAGUGGUUUUGAAGCAUCACCACAUCUCAUGGAACCAAUGUCUACUACGACUCCGUUUGGUCACCAAGGAUCUGGGUAUAACUUCCAUCGGAACCAAGUGUACCCAGCCCCAUCCUGGCAUUUCCACGCUCAGCCCCAGGAUUUCCAGCACCCAGUCAGGACAUUUUCACACAAUCAGCAUGUUUACCAGAGAGGCCUUGCUCCC